GUAUCAAUAUCCAAUUCGGUCCUGGCUUAGAGGAUCCAGCAGUUCUCAAUGACUCUCAUUGGCAGGCUAAUGAAUCCAGUGUGUCAGAAUAUGGAGUCUUUGUUAGCUAAUUUUCUAAAAAUCUGGAAAUUAGAGGAGAAGGUGGUGGGUGCUGAUUUGGGACAAGGUGUGUUCCAGUUUAACUUUGAGGAAGAAGAGGAUAUCCUGUCAGUCUUGCAGAAUGGUCCGUACCAUUUUGACGGUUGGAUGGUUUCGCUAGUGAGAUGGGAGCUAGUCAUUUCCUCCUCCUACCCUUCAGCUAUUAGUUUCUUGGUCAAGGUGGAAGGGAUCCCAAUGCAUUUGUGGGAAGUGGCUACUCUUGAAGCUAUUGGUAAGAAGCUUGGGAGGAUUCAAGAGGUUGAUGAGGAAUCUAGUAGUUUAUGUGUGUCAGUUAAUGGAUUCAAUCUGCUAAUCUUCAAGAUGGUGGUGCCUUUUGCAACUGGGGAUGAGAUUGUGGUAUCCCUCGAGUAUGAGAAGCUGAAUGGGGUUUGUGAUCACUGUUCUCGGAUCACUCAUGAUACAAAAGUCUGCCCAGAGGUUCUUAAGGAGGCUUCAGCUCAAAGUGCGGAUGUGAAGAGGGACAAUCGGGGUGGUCAAAGGCAGUUCCCUGUGAUGAAACAAGAGCAACAUCAUAAUGUUGGGGGUUGGGAAAAGCCUCGGAAGCAUGCUAAGAGGGCUUUAGAUUUCCAGUCUGCGGAUUCUAGUGAGAUUGGUUAUUUUCCUCAGCAGCGUUUUGGUGGACAGGAGUUUUACGGUAAUGGUUCUCAUGGAUUUCGUCAACCAGAGCGUUCCUAUGGUCAGGGUUGGGGUCAGAAGAGGAGCCUUGGAGAGGUUAGUGGCGCGAUGAAGGUUCUCGCCGUGGUACAAAAUCAGGGAAUGGGGAAGCUUCGGCUAAGGCCCCCGGUUUCACUCUGAACCGUAAGGGUGCUGGUCUGGCUUGGCCCAAACCUCUAUUUAAGGUGAAGCAGGGUGCUUUGGAGAAGACUGGUCUGCUGCGGAUUGAUACUAACUUGGGAGAUUCCAGUUCUAGUGAUCCACCUACGGUCAAGGAGGCUGAGGGAAGUGCUCUUAAGGGUGAUGAGGGUGGUUCUUUGGCCAUGGAUUUUGAGGUUGACAAUGAUGACCUGCUUGAGGAUGGUGAGUUUGAUGACAAUGCUAAGGCGGAUCACAACAUUGUCCAGGAGGAGGUUGUUUCUCCUGAUCAGGGUACAGGGGGAAUCCAUAACAGAGGUCUGAACUUCAAGGUGGCCAAGUUACUGAUUCUCAGGGAGAUUCUGGUAGCGAUCUGAAAGGUAAAUCAUUUCCUCCCACAUCGGUUGAGUUAGCUGUGGGGAUUGUUAACAAUGCUAUGGCAGCUUUUUCAUUAGAUACGACUGGUAGUCACAAGAGGAAGAAUUCUAGUCCUUAUGUUAGGAAGGGUGUUAGUGGUUCUAGGAUACCGUCGUUGGCUUUAGCUUCUCCUGGGAAAUGUUUGCUUGCUAAGGCAUUAUCUAAACCUGCAAGUGACGGGAAUAAACAGAAGAUGGCGGGGAAACAGGGCAACAAGAUUGUGGGCGGUAAACCUUCGGAUGGGGGACGUCCAGAAAAGAAAGGGAUGGGGGCUCUCCCGAAACCCCCGGCUCGAACGUGAAGAUUUUAACUUGGAACUGUCAGGACAUAGGGGUUGAUUUGACAGAAGGCUAUUUGGGAGAUUUGUGGAAGCAGCACCGGCCUGACAUCUUAUUUUUAUCAGAAACUAAAAAAUGUUUUUCUUAUUUACAAAAAUUUAAAAAGAAGUUUGGUUAUAAUAAUUUGUAUUCGGUUGAUCCCCAUGGUUUUAUGGAUGAUAUAAAACUUUCUAUUUUAUAUGAGAGUAAUCGAAUAAUUGAUGUUAAA